AUGACUGGUCUGGAUCUCAUUUUGGGACUGGAUUGGUUGUCUAGAAAUCAUGUCUUGCUUGACUGUUUUGAGGUGUUAGAGAUGAGGGUUAGAGAUGAGGACAUUCCAAAAACUGCUUUCAGAAUGCGAUACGAUCACUAUGAAUACACGGAGAGAAAGUUGUACACCAAGUUAUCUAAAUGUGAGUUUUGGAAGAGUGAGGUGAAGUUUCUUGGUCAUGUGGUAAGUCAACAAAGGAUUGCUGUAGAUCCUGCUAAGGUUGAAGCAGUAAUGGACUGGGGGCAACCAACUUCUGUGACGGAGAUUAGAAGUUUUCUUGGUUUAGUGGGUUAUUACCGAAGGUUCAUCAAAGGGUUUUCACAACUCGCUUUGCCUUUAACUAAGCUGACCAGAAAGGACGCGCCAUUUGUCUGGACUCCUGAGUGCAAGGAAACUUUUCAAGCGUUGAAGCAAAGGUUGACCACUGCACCUGUGUUAGUGCUGCCUGAGCUGAGUGAACCAUUUGAGGUAUACUAUGAUGCAUCACUGAAGGGUCUGGGGUGUGUGCUGAUGCAGCACCGUAAUGUCGUGGCAUACGCCUCACGGUAG